CAUGCUGCCCCGUAGCAUCCUUCGCAUGAGCGCAUCCGCAGCGGCUCUUAGGCCCAAGUGCCCCCGUGAAGACAACUUGCAAAGUUGAAGUGCACCAGAAAGAAAGAAUCUGCACGAGCUGACUUCCUCCCAGUUUUGAAUUGCCCACAGACCUGUGAUCGGAAUUUUGUUUUCGUUAGGAAUCACUUCCUGGUUGUGCGCCCUCUACCGACCACACAAAGACGUGCAGAGGUAAGAACUGACACGUGGAUUUCUCCUCGGCAGGGCAUCGGAGAAACGGACUCCUUCGCUCAGUAUCCUGUCGGCGGUUCCUGGAGCUUUUUUCAAGGCGAGAUAUGUGUGGCCGAACGUCAGAAGUCCGCCGUGUCUUCCUGUCUGCACUGCCGGGAAGAAAUUGAAGUCGACGGUCGAGGCUGCCGCUAACAGACAGCGCGUUGAAUGGCACUGAUUCAAAAACAUGGCAAGAACUAUGGUCCAGAUUUGCUCAGUCACAAAGAGAACCAUCCGUCCGACAAGACUGGAGUCCCUGGAUGCCAUAGGAAGUGGGCCGAAAACAACAAUUGGUCAAGGCCGGUGGCAAGGGUGUGGACAGUGGUGCUCCUGCUUGGUACGUGCCUCCUCUACUGUGCCCGGGUGGCGAUGCCCAUCUGUGCGGUCAGCAUGGCGGAGAAGUUCAACUGGAGCAAGAAGGAGUCUGGCAUGGUUCUGGGCAGCUUCUUCUGGGGUUACUGCUUCACACAAGUGUUUGGCGGUUACGUCAGUGACCGGGUGGGAGGAGAAAAAGUACUCCUGCUCUCUGCUGCUGCCUGGGGCUCCAUGACAGCCUUCACUCCCAUCCUGGCUCAUUUUUGCUCCCAGCCAAUCUUCUCAAUGACGCUGGCCCGCUUCCUGAUGGGCCUUUUACAAGGUGUUCAUUACCCUUCUUUGGCAAGCCUGUGCUCUCAGAAGGUGCUGGAGAGUGAGCGAGGCUUCCUCAUGAGCACCGUGGGCAGCGGCUCCUACCUGGGCACCCUUGUGAUCGGAGGGGCUGGUUCCCUUAUGCUGGACCUGUACGGUUGGGAGAGCGUCUUCUAUGUGUCGGGUCUGCUGGCAGUAAUGUGGGCCUACUGCAUGUGGAAAUACUUACUCAGAGGAGAAGGGCCAAUCAUCACUCUGGAGUCCUUGGGAAAUGGUGUUCCACAGUCCAAAUUGACCAAAAGGCAUUGGUUAUGGCUCUUCAAACAACCGGCAGUCUGCGCCGUGAUCAUUACUCACCUUUGCACAUCAAGCACAUUCUUCACUUUGUUGUCAUGGCUGCCAACCUUCUUUAAAGACACAUUCCCCGAUGCUAAGGGUUGGGUGUUCAAUGUCAUUCCUUGGCUGGUGGCAAUCCCCUCUUCACUCUUUAGUGGCUACCUGUCUGACCACCUCAUAAGUCAAGGAUUUGACACGGCCUCGGUGAGGAAGUUGAUGCAGUUUUUUUCGAUGGGGGUUUCUAGUGUGUUUACCCUGCUUCUGUGCGGAAACACCACAUUCUCCUGGGCUGUAAUGUUUGUGUCGGCCACAAUGGGACUCACCACCUUCAGUCACAGUGGUGUAUCGGUAAACGUUCAAGAUCUCGCUCCAUCUUGUGCAGGGGCCUUGUUUGGUGUUAUGAACACAUGCGGCGCGUUCUCAGGAGUCCUGAUGGUGUAUUUCUCGGGCUAUCUCAUCGAGACCACGGGAUCAUGGGCGUCCAUGUUCGGGCUCAUCACUGUCGUCAAUCUGCUCGGCCUGUGCAUCUUUUUGGCCUUCGCCGAGGCCCGCCGCGUCGAUGUGGACCCCAGCAAGAUACGCCAUCACCAUAUCCAUAUUUGAAUACUUUGUCCCAGACUGGACGUGAUUGUGCCUUUGAGCAGCUGCAUUGUCUGCAUGGGAGGUCUGUCACCCUUUCUUUCUCUCUCGCUCUCUUUCUCUCACAUGUACAACAUGUGCACAAAGCACACAGAAAGAAGUCUGUGUUUUGUUGCGCACUAAAAUACACAAACUCAAAUCACAAAAAGACCAGCGUGGUGUCA